AUGAUAAUUUUAUGCAGUAAACUCAUAAGACCUGUGCGUUUAUAUUCAAAUGUUUCACUUCUCUCAGAGCUCUUUGCUUUGGAGAAGAAGUACGCCAUUCUACUCAGAGACUUCGCUGAAGCACGAGCCAUCUCCCAUGGUGAAGCUCUCCACUCUCGCAUCCUCAAGACAAUCCCCAACCCAGACCUCUUCCUCUGUAAUAGCCUCAUCAACAUGUACUCCAAGUGUGGGUUUGUGCAGAAUGCUCGCAGGGUGUUUGACGAAAUGCCUGAACGAGACGUUAUCUCGUGGAACACCAUCAUUGAUGGGUAUUUUCUUGCUGAGAUGUUUCCAUAUGUGUUACAGUUCUUUAGGUGCAUGUUGCAUUCCGGGGUAGCUCUGGAUGAAUUCAGCUUCACAAGUAUUUGUAGGAGUUGCCUUGCUUUGGAGGCCUUUGGUAAUGGAUUGGCUGUUCAUUGUUUGGUGAUCAAGUGUGGUUUUGGUGGCAACGCUUUUGUUGCGAAUGGGCUUGUUGAAGUUUACGCUAAAUGUCACUUCUUGAGAGAAUCUUUGAAAGUUUUUGUUGAUGUAGAACACAAAGACAUUGUCUUGGUUAACACUCUGAUUGGUUUGCUUGCGAAAGCUGGGAAUUUUGAAGAAGCUUUCUUGAUAUUCUUGGAUAAUGUUCUGAUUGCAUCUAUGUGGCCUGAAAGAGCUACUUUUUUGUUAAUUUGUUGA